AUGAAAGGACUGGCCGGGACACCAAUUACUUGUCACCGUUUUACCACCCCGCUGCUCACCAGUUUGCAGCCCCCGGGAGUGCCUGGCCGAGAUCUCCCCCCUCCUCAUGGAGCCCCUCUGUCCAGGUGGACACGGCAGCCGGGGUCCCCCGUGCCGGAAGGAGUGGAGUGUCUUCCUGCCCCCCACUAUGGUCUGGAGGAAUAUCUGGCCUUUGGGGAGGGCAGCUGGUACUGGGGGUGGGUGGACAUCCUGCUUUUGCAGGGGGGCAGGGCCGUGGGCCAGAGGACCCCGCUGUGGCUGCGGGCCCGCUUUCAGGCGCUGCUCUUCGCCCUGGGUUGCCGGAUCCAGCGGCAUUGCGGGAAGGUGCUCUUCGUGGGGCUGCUGGUGUUCGGGGCGCUGGCCGUGGGACUACGGGUGGCCUCCAUCGAGACCGACAUCGAGCACCUCUGGGUGGAAGGUAAGCGCGGCCCUGCGGGCUCGGCCGCCCGUGGGAACGGUCCCGGUCUCGCGGCUUUGUCCCCCACGCGCGGCGCGGAGUGCGGGGCCGGCCGGAGGCAGGUGACAGCGCGGGAGCGGGGCGGGAGGAGGAAGAUGAGGAUGCCGCUGCCGGCCGUCCCGCCACCGGGACCGCGGGGGACGGGGCCGUGGGUGCCCACGAGCCGGGGUCCCGUCUGCGCGGCCGCUCGGGCUGCGCCGGUGCGCGGUGCUGGGCUGCGGAGGGACCCCCACGCGUGUCCCGACGGGGGUCCCCGCGCGAAGGUGCGGACACGUGCGACGGGGAUUGUGCUGGACACCCUAUUCCCGGUGGGAAGAACCCCCGGGGACGGCCGCAGCACUGCGCCCGAGCAGAGCCGGCGCCGCGGAGCCGCCAGUCCCGGCCCGGGACCCCGGCCCGGGGGGAACGGGAGCGGGGGCAGGGUCAGGCGGGAGCAAAUCCCCGUUUCCGAGUGGAAGCGGCUGAUCCCCCUCCUUUGUUAUUAAUAACUCCAGCGUGGAUUUUUGUCUCCCCGAUCCCUGCAGUCCCGCUUCACGGGUCUGGGAUUUGCUUUUCCUGCACCUCCUUUCGGCUUUGGGGGGCCCCGG